CAUUUUCAACCCGAUUUCUCUCUUGCAACACAACAGACAGACUUCGACACAUGAGCAAAGGACCUAGCAGCUAUCAGCACUCUUUUCCUCCUAUUAUACUGGCUCUGUUGCCUCCUUGAGGCAUCAGAGAUCACCUUGGCUGACUGAGAGCCGAUCGCCGGACCCUCCCUGUCCAGACGGCGGCAAAGAGCGUCAAUCUGCGCAUCUCAAUCCUGAAGAGCCGACUGGGUAGUGUAGCCUAGUCAGCGGUGUUCCAAAAUGAACUCUGCGGACGGUGACCGGGCCUUAGUCAACACCUCCGGUAGCUAUGCGAGCUCUGCGAACUCUGCAAACUCCCAACCCCCUCGCCCUACUGACCGCCGUGGCUUCGAGAUAGCUAUAAUUUGUGCAUUGGCGCUCGAGGCAGAUGCUAUCGAGGCCUUGUUCGAUCAUCACUGGGAAGACGACGGUCUACCUUUCAAUAAAGAGCGAGGCGACCCGAAUGCAUACUCAACAGGAGUAAUUGGUCGCUUUAAUGUAGUCCUCGCAUACAUGCCAGGAAUGGGCAAAGUCAAUGCCGCUACUGUUGCUGCCAACUGCGGAAAAAGCUUUCCAAGCAUCAAGCUUGCUCUAGUGGUCGGCAUCUGUGGUGUCGUUCCGUUCAGCCCUACCAAGGACGAGAUCAUCCUGGGCGAUAUCAUCAUCAGCAACGGAGUCAUCCAGUAUGACUUUGGGCGACAGUUUCCCGAGCGCCUGGUCCGUAAAGAUACGUUGCUAGACGUCCCAGGCAGACCUAACCUAGAGAUUCGCGCAGUCCUAGCAAAGCUGAACGGACUCCGACACCGCCGCCAGUUGAGUGCUAAGAUUGAGAGCUUUCUGGAUGUUCUCCGUCAGGAUCCGGAGCUUCAUGCUGAAUAUCCUGGAUCUACGGAAGAUAAGCUCUUUGAGGCUACCUACCGUCAUGCGGAUGAUCGGAGGUCAUGUGAGCAGGCUAGAUGCACAGGCGCCCUAGUCAAGAGAAACCGCCUAUCGACUACAGAUGUGCCGCCAAAGCCUGCUGUGCACUUUGGUUUGAUGGCUUCUGCAGAUACAGUUAUGAAGUCAGGCGAAGAUCGUGACCGCAUAGCCUCAACAGAAGACGUUAUUGCCUUUGAGAUGGAAGGCGCUGGCGUUUGGGAUAGCUUCCCAUGUAUUAUUAUCAAGGGCGGUUGUGAUUAUGCUGAUAGUCACAAAAACAAGGUCUGGCAACGGUAUGCAGCAGCCACAGCUGCAGCUUGCGCGAAGGCUUUUCUGGGCUUUUGGACCCCGUCAAUUACUCAAGAUGUCGCGUAUCUGACUGCAAACCUCAAGAGACGCUGCUCAUUAGCAGAUCGAGAAUAUAUUGAGCAGAGAAAAAGGCUCGCCGAAGAGCCCACGACAGAAUCUAAGAGUCACUACCUACCGCUGCCGAGGAACAAGAACUUUACAGGUCGCGAGGGAACAAUCGCUGAGCUUCAAAAACUUCUCUUCACUGACCCCAAUGGCCAGCGAGUCGCUUUGGUCGGUUUGGGCGGCGUUGGUAAGACACAAAUUGCUCUUCAGCUUGCACAUCUUGUGAAGAAAGAAGAACAGGCAGACCGUAGCUACUCUGUCAUAUGGAUGCCGGCGUUGAGCAUGGCGAGUUUCGAACAAGUCUGCACCAAGAUGAUCAGCGAGUUUGGCAUCGAGCAGACAAAUGACGAGAACGCCAAGGAAACAUUUAGGAAGUUUCUAAGGUCAGAAAAAGCCGGCAAUUGGUUUCUUAUCAUCGAUAAUGCAGAUAACAUCGAGACUCUGUACGGAACAGCUGAGGCCCCGGGAGGCAUUGUCGAAUUCAUACCAGACUGCGAGCACGGUUACAUUCUGUACACAACCCGAUCUCGUGAGGUUGCUGUUAGCGUGGCGCAGAACAAUGUCGUUAAGCUGUCAGGAAUGGACGAUGAGGAUGCGAAGGCCCUCUUAAAGAGUUCAUUAAUUGAAAAGGACCAGAUGAAGGACACUAUUCUUAUCGACAAGCUCCUACAAAAGCUUGCCUAUCUACCUCUUGCUAUCACCCAAGCUUCAGCAUACAUGAAAGUUAAUGAGAUCUCAGUCAACGAGUAUCUCCACCUCCUCCAAAAUACCAACCAGGAUAUGGUGGAACUGCUGAGUUGUGAGUUCCGUGAUAGAACUCACUACGACUCUUCCCAAGGCGCUGUCGCUACCACCUGGAUUGUUUCCUUCAAGCAAAUCCGUGCUUUACACGAAGACGCUGCGACAAUUCUCUCUGUCACGGCCUAUCUUGAACCGAAAGCCAUACCUCGUGCCUUGUUACCGCCUCUGGGUUCUGAACAAAGAAUGACUCGUGCUAUUGGUACGCUCUGCGGAUAUAGCUUCUUGAGUAAACGAGAAGAUGGGGAGACGUUCGACAUGCAUAGCCUCGUUCACCUUGCCAUCAAAAGAUGGAAUGAAGAAGAGGGACUUGAGGCAGGAACACGACAGAUGACAUUCGCACAUAUUGCUGAGACUUUCCCAUACGACGACUGGGAGGACCGUGAGUUAUGGCGGCAGUAUAUGCCACAUGCACUGAGACUCCUAACAAGCGCGGAUGGUGCCAAUAUUUCCCACAGAGGUCGACUUGGAGAUAAGGUUGGCCGAUGCUUGCUCAUUGACGGACAGACAAGACAGGCAGUGCAUAUCCUUGAGUCUGUGGUUGAGCUCGACAGGACAACCUUGGUAGAAAAUGACAUUGAUCGAUUGACAAGGGAGCAUCAGCUUGCAAUAGCGUAUUAUGACAACGGGCAAACAAAACAGGCAAUUGAGCUGCUCGAGCAUGUGGUUGCAAUGAGACCAGACUUAGCAGAGAAUGACCCUGCCCGGCUGGCAUCACAACACGCGCUUGCAUUAGCAUACGGGACUGACGGAAGAGUAAAGGAAGCAAUCGAACUGCUUGAGCAUGUGGUUGCAAUAAGACCAGAUCUAUCAGAGAAUCACCCUAACCGGCUGGCACCACAACACGCGCUUGCAUUAGCAUACGAGACUGACGGAAGAGUAAAGGAAGCAAUCGAACUGCUUGAGCAUGUGGUUGCAACAAGACCAGAUCUAUCAGAGAAUCACCCUAAUCGGCUGGCAUCACAACACGCGCUUGCACGCGCAUAUAUGACUGACGGAAGAAUAAAAGAGGCAAUUGAAAUGCUUCAGCAUGUGGUUGCAGUGCGGAGCGUUGUGCUAUCAGAGGACCAUCCUGAUCGGCUGUCAUCAGAACUUGCACUUGGAAUAACAUACCAACAGAACGGUCAAACAAAAGAGGCAGUUGAACUGCUUGAACAUGUGGUUUCAGUUCGAAAGAUUGUACUAUCGGAGGACCAUCCUAAUCGGCGGCUAUCAAUAAAGUGGCUGCAGUACUGUUAUGAUAGCUUAGAGGAGGUUGGCGUUCCAACAGAGUCAGAAGGCUGGGAAACUGUUGAUGAAAUGUAAUUAGCUCUCCAGGGCGUUACGAAUAUGGGAGUUUGCGCAAUUGCUUUCAAUAAAUGCUCGGGAUUUAUAGAGCAGCAGUCGAUCAUAGAUUGGCUUUCAUUAUUCGCUAAUCGUUCCAGCUGGGACCAUCACUUAUCAUCCUAGCUGCUGUGGUUGCGAGACAAAUACCAUACCAAAUAAAGAGGGAAGAUUAUGGUAUUGCAAAA